AAAAAAAAAAAAACUUUUAAAAACUUUGUUAAAACUGUUUUGUUUUAACUAGUUUUGUAAGUAAAGUCGUUUAAAUAAAAUAAAAGAAUAACAUUUGUUAAAUGCAUAAACAAGAAGAAGUGUAUGACUGCAAUAAACAGAAUGUUGACAGAGUAUUUAUUAAUGUUGGCGGUACUAGACAUGAAUGUUUUAUAAAAACCUUACAAAACUUUCCAGACACUCGAUUGUUUUGGAUUGCAGAAAUGGCAAUUAAAAUGGCAAAUUUUGGUGAAGACGUAGAUGAAUUUUUUUUUGACAGACAUCCAGGAUGCUUUCAAAAUAUUUUAAACUAUUGUCGAACAGGAAAACUUCAUUGUCCAAAAGAUGUUUGUGGACCAAUUUUUGCGGAGGAACUAGCAUUUUGGGGAGUUGAUGAGCUAAUGAUGCAGCCAUGUUGUUGGCCAAGCUACAGUGAAUUCAAUGAUGCAAGCAAAAACCUAAAAGCUUUUCAUGAUUUCCCAAUGAACCAUUACCGCAAGAAGAAGAAACAAGUCCAUAAAUUUGAAAGCAAACAAACAAAAAAAUGCUCUAAAAAAACACAAUUUUACAAAUUGAAAAAGGCAUUAUGGAAUUUAACAGAAAUCCCUCAAAAAAAUUGGUUAACAAAGAUAGUUGCAAGCAUUCAAGUUUUUACAACAUUGCUAUCUAUUUUGACGUUUUGUUUGGCAACAGAACCAAAGCUGAAAACAAAAUAUGAUAUAGUAUUCAAUUAUUUUGAAAAAUCUUAUUGUCUCAUCUUUACAGUGGAUUUACUUUUAAAGGUUUUAUGCUGUCCAUCAUUUUGUAAACUUCUCAAAGAUUUCUUGAUAUGGGUGGAUGUUGUUUCAUUACUUCCCUUUUAUUUUGAAUUUCUAUUAAAUGCAAACAACGAAUUCCUUCAAUCAUUGCGGCUACUUCGAAUUUUUAGAAUACUAAGAUUCUUCAGAAACUUAAGAGGAAUGAUGAUGAUAACGGUUUUUGGAGAGACUUUAAAAGCUAGUUUUGAACCGUUAAUGUUGCUUGGUUUGGUUUUAUUUAUUCCAAUGGUAUUAUUUGCUGCAAUGGUUUAUUAUGCUGAAAAAAACUUUAGUACAAAUUCCCAAUUCAAGAGUAUCCCAAAAUCAUGCUGGUGGGCCAUAAUCACUCUGACCACUGUUGGAUAUGGAGAUAUAAUACCUAGCUCAGUUGUUGGUAAAAUUGUAGGCGUUUUUUGUGCAACGUUUGGAGUUCUAGUGGUUGCACUGCCUAUAUCCGUUAUAGGUAAUAACUUCACAUUUUACUAUUCGUAUGCAAAAGCAAGCAUGAAGCUACCUAAAAAUAGGAGUAAACUCUUAAUAGAUCAAGAUAUACUAAACUUUAACGAAAAAUGCGAUAAUGAGCGUAACUCAAAAUCACGUCGUUAUGGACUACCGUCUCUAUACUUUGAUUCUCCAAAAAUAAACACAAAAGUCAAACUUCAAGACGAAUUAUCAAAGUCAAUUUUGUUACCAAAAAUUUUGUUGUCUCCUCAUUCAGAUUCUAAUAUUGAACUGGAAGCAGCACUUUUUCAAACAAAAGACAGCACUUUAAAAGGUUUUGCAGAGACCAACUCUGGAAUCAACAAAAUCUAUAAGAAAACCUCUUUAAACAAAAUAACUAAUAGCCCAAUUUACAUUACAAAUAACUAUGAUAACAGUUUACUAAACAACGAAAAUAAAGGAAACCUAAAACGCUCUUACUCCAAUGUUAACGAGCCAAUUCCUUUUAUGCUCCCCUUUAACAUUUCAAAUGAUUCUUGUUCAAGUUCACAAAUUAGUCUGAAAUCAACAUCAGAAGAGCGAAAAAAAGUAAUUCAUGCAGAUAUUACUCAAUACGUUCCAAGAAAACUAAGUGCUCGAGUCAGAGCAGAAAUAUGUCGGAAACUUAAUGUUGAAUAUAAUAAUAACUACUGAUGUAUGUAUGUAUAUAUGUAUGUAUGUAUGUAUGUAUGUAUGUAUGUAUGUAUGUAUGUAUGUAUGUAUGUAUGUAUGUAUGUAUGUAU